CGGAGACGAGUGAGCUUCAGCUGGGCCCGUGAAUUAGCUUCUCUCCAGACAUGUUUAUGAGCGGAUGCACGCCUGCGCCAGUCGUUGAACUCUGCACACACACCCUCAUCCUCCAUCUAGCUCACCAACAGACCUAAGAAGCAGUGGCGUGGACAGCCCAACUACCGCAGCGCACGAAGCCAAAGCCAGAGUUUCGAUUGAAGUCGCUCCCCCUCUCUCCAGUCCUGUCUCUUCCCACACCUCCUCUUUCACCCGCACCGCCGUCACCCCCCGUUUUCGAACUCAAAAUGGCGGACUCGACUACAAAAGAUCUUACAGGCAGCGUUGGCAACGCAACCGGCGGUCGCGGCCUCCCCGACGUAGGCGAAACAAUGGGCUCGGUAACCAACUCGGGCAACAAGACUAAAGGCAAGAAAGGAAAGGGCAAAGGGAAUGAGGAUGGAGAGGAUGAAGAAGGGUUUGGGCUGGAUAAUAAUAAGGAUGUCAAGGGGAGCUUGAAGAUACAUAUCAAGUUGGAUCUCGAGGCUGAUAUCAGGAUUAUUGCGCGGGUCAAGGGCGAUAUUGCGAUUGGUAUCUUGUAAUAUCUCAAACAAUGCUCUUAUUUUUUCUUCUCUUCUUCUGUCUCGGCGAAGGUGUUUCCUCGAACAAUGUCCUCGCAUAUGCUAGGGUAUUUCGCACGUGAAUCCUUGGCCAGCGCGAACCCUGAUUCAAGUCGUGACUCCCCAACUCUUACGUUCAUUACGUCGGAUAUCUGUUAGCCUAGAUUCAGAGUAUCUCAGCCUGGGUCUUGAUGUACCGAAAGGACUAGAAUAAGAAUAAGCUAUCCAGCA